CUUAGUAAAGUUCACGGGUUACUAGGUCCAAUGGACACAUUAUCUGCGGACCUUGCCUCUGUGUGUCAGCCUCCCCUCUCCACUGACAGCCUGGAUUUAGGCCCCCAUCAUUUCUCACUUAGAUGACACAGUAACCUCCUAACAGGUCUUCACACUUCCAAGGCAUGGGUUUGAAUUGGAACCUACUCCACAACCCAAAGGCAGCCAGCACCAUGUGGUUACUAACUGCCCUUCAUUCACCUAUUGAUGCCUCCCAAAAGAAGACUCGGCCAAUCUUCCCACAAAGCUCAGCUGUUAUUCCACCAGCAGCCACUGGAGGGCCCCAAACAUCACUAUGGAGCUCCACAGAGGCCCAUCACCCACACUAGACAGGUGCCCAGCAAGCCUAUAGACCACAGCACUAUCACUUCUUGGGUAACACCUCAGUUUGACACAACAGUAGAAAGCUGUUUCCCAGCCCACCGGAAACAUCGUCACCAAGACGAAGCAAGACAUUCAAGCCGAAAAUCUACCUGCAAGUUUCCAUGUCUAACCUUUGAGAGUCCACAGCUGUCUUCCAGUUCAGAGACACUGGGGAUCCCCUUAGUAAAGGGAUGCCCCAAUCAAUCAGGAAAGGACAUUUCCAGAAAACCCUUAAUUCCAGUGCUCAGUCCCCAAAGCUGUGGGGAACUGUCAGCAAAUGCAUUUCAGAACUUUCCUUAUGUGUUUAUUCUGCCUGAUAUCCAGACCCCAGAGUCAUCAUCUGUGAAGGAGAACUCCUUUUCCCCAGAUCAGAGGGAAAACAGCCUUGUAAGCUGUGUCCUUCAAACUAGUACUCCUACCAGCCCAGAACCUGGACCUAUUCUGGUUAAUGAAACCCCUGAAGAGAAGUAUGGGAUAAAGGUCACAUGGAGGAGACGAAGGCACCUGUUGACUUACCUCAAGGAGAGAGGGAAGCUGAACAGUAGCCAGUUCCUUAUAAAAAGCUGA